UACGCAGUAUGUUGAAAGAUACGAUAUUUUAAUAUUUCUUGCCUGACACGAAUAAUCUCUAAGGGAAGAGAAGUUUAGUAAACAUUCUACGCAGGAGUUUUAAAAUUGUGGCAAAUCGCCCUGUUAAGUUAAACGCCGAAAUUAUGGUAUUAAGUGUACGAAAUAUUUGAAGGUGAGCUGAUUUUAGUUGCAAUAGUUAUUCCGGUCUGACGCCACUUGAGAAGGCCGCCGUUAGGUCCGCCCCUCUGUCUGUUCUUUUGUUGCCGGACAUUUAAUUGUGAGCAGUAUGGGUUUGACGUCAUCUUCAACCAGAAAUGGGAGAAUUUCUUCCAAUCGUUCCGGCAAUGACAAAAUUGUAGCAUCAACUAGGGCAAUGUCGAAAGCCUUGAUGAAUCAUUUGGUCAGUCGUCACCAAUUUUGCGAUCACAUCAGCAUCCAAUUUAUUCUUUUGAUGCACAAAAGUAUCCUCAUUUUCUAUCAGAUUCUCAGCAAAAUCUUUUACCAGGUCAGUAUACCUGAUUUGAAGUCGUGCCGUCUCGUCAGCCAUGAUUGGGCCGAUCAAGCCGCCACUUUACUAGGAUGUCGUGUAUAUCUUCACGCUCACCAGCUGUUCGUGUACCACGGUUCAAAUUUAAACCUGGCGACUCCUCUUGUCAACCAAAAGCUUAUCAAAAGCCUCAAAAUCUACGAGGAGUUCGACACAGUCGCCCAAAAAAACAAGGCCAUCGACAUUAUCACGAAAGGGUUAAGCAUGCUGAUAUCCAAAGAUAUCCUACACGUCUCCGCCUUCAUGGGGAAAUAUAAAAUUUGUUUGGAGCUAGAUAUACCUGAAAAACUUAACGUUCACCCUAAUUUAACUAGCAUUACGUUCAGGCCUGGCGAACUGAAAGAAAAUGGCUCGUUCCACCCAUUACUCCAAAGCUUGAUUGAUUCAGCACCAAAUUUGACCUUUUUGGACGUCUGGGCUUCCUUCCCGGAUCUGGAGAGGUGCAAAAAGCUCGAGUCGUUUAAACUCUACUUCCACAGGUCAGACCGUGCCAUAAAUAUUGAUAACAUAACCGCGAUGUUGAGGCAGGUUAAGAAUUCGCUGACAGAGGUGGAACUGAAGUAUCUAAAUGAUGCGCCUGGUGGGUAUCAGAGACGAAGCAUGGACGUUCCUGUGAUGUCGAAACUUGCGUCGCUCACUUACGACGUAGGACAUGAAUGUCUGCACACUAAGUUUUUGAAUGAGGAGAACCUCCCAGCAUUGAAGAACUUGUCGUUCAAAAACUCGUUCGCUUCGAGAAAAUUGUCAGACCGUCUGAAUAUGUGGCAGCGACACAGAGGAGUUCAGUCUCUGACGCUGGAACUUUGUUAUAAACACCGACAAGAAGAAUUUGCAGAACGUAUCGUACAAUUGUUUCCCAACGUUGGGAAAUUUGAGAUGAAGAUGAAUUUCUUUGCUCACAGCUCAAUCCAUGAGAUAAAUCGGGUGAUGGAACAGUUGAAAAUGUGGGAACUGGAGGAGUCAAAUGUUGAUGUGGACUAUCUAGGCCAGGCUGCCUUGAUAGUUAUCAUCCUGAGGAACAUGUCGCUGUGGAGGGGCCCCGCUGGGAUUAUUUGGCUAGUUGUGUUAAAAAUAUAACCAAAAUUUCGGAAUCAUGUGGCACUUAUAUUUCCUUUGAAUUGUUUAUCUGACGAAAAAUAUUGGCCGCAAAAUUCAAUGUCUAACAAUGGAGAGGUGUCAGGGUACGUAUUCCGUCCCCGGAUUUUACAGGGUUUGGGUUUUACAGGCGUCUUACUCUGGUUUCAGUAGGUUUUAUCUAAAGUUAUAAUAGAUAAAUCCAUAGAAUCCGUUUGCAACUACAUUUCAAACAGGAAUGAAGUACUCUGAUUAAUAUCCCUUAAAUUAUUGCUUUUUAUUUCUAAUUUAUCUUUAUGAUUCAAAAAUCACAAUUUACAGCUGAACUUGGAGUUUAACAUAUUACUGUUAUCGGUCUGUUCUUGGGAUUUUGAAUUAAAGUUUUAUGGACCCGAUUAAACCCUGAGGUAGUUGUUUUCAAGGUAAAACAUAGGUUUUCCGAACCGUUUACGGUUUACUGAAGUGUGUUCACGUGUAUGGUUUUUUCAUGACUAUUUUUAUAUAAUUAUUUGUAUUAUUACAAGCAAUUAAAAAAACACAAUUUUACUUG